CCUUCGAUCCGUGCUUCCGUGCCCAAGGCGUUCAGAACAUUAAUGGCGUUAUGUUGGAUGCGAACGCAAGAAGUGUCAUGAGGGGUGGGGAAACAAGGAAAGUCGACCGGCACCUCUGCGGAGGGGCCAUAGUGGAGUGAUCCCGUCGUCAAUGCUCCGCACAGAAAAUUUCAAUAUUUAUCUAGCUCCAGCUCCUCUCCCACACUUCCUGUCCAGCUACAAUGAAGCGAAAGAACGAGGCGGCUGCCAAUGGCAGUUCUAAGAAGCGUGCUAUCUCGGACACGGAAGCCCAAAGCAACUUUCGGAAGGGAUUGUUCGACGCUAAGGUGCUGCAGCAGUAUACCGACUUCUACGCCACCUCGCAGCCGUACAAGCACGCGGUGAUCCAGCACCUUGUCGACGACACCCUCCUCCGCAAUGUGCGCAACGAGAUUCGCAAAAACAUUUCCUUCACGCCGAAGGAGACGGACAUCUACAAGAUCCACCAGUCUGGCGAUCUCGCGAACCUCGAUGGGCUCGACGAUGCUGCCCUCCGCCGCCUGCCCUCGCUCCUGCAGCUUCGCGACUCGCUGUACUCGUCGGCCUUCCGCAAAUACCUGUCCUCAAUAACCGGCUCCGGGCCCUUGAGCGGAGUGAAGACGGACAUGGCUGUGAAUGUCUACACACCUGGCUGCCACUUGCUGUGUCACGACGACGUCAUUGGAAGUCGGCGCGUGAGCUGGAUCCUCUAUCUCCUCGAUCCCGACCGCCCCUGGAAGCCCGAGUGGGGUGGCGCGCUCCGUCUAUUUCCCACACGGGACCUGAAGACACCCGAUGGCGAUGAUGUCAAAGUGCCUGAGCCGGAUAUCUCCGUUACGAUCCCGCCGGCAUGGAAUCAGCUUUCCUUCUUCACGGUGACGCCGGGGGAGAGCUUCCAUGACGUCGAAGAGGUAUACAGGAGAGGUCCAGGUGAGCCGGAAGAGGAUGAUGGAGGCCGUGUUCGAAUGGCCAUUUCCGGGUGGUUCCACAUCCCCCAAGAAGGCGAGGUAGGUUACGAGGAAGGUCUGGAAGAGAAGCUUGCGGAACGCAGUUCUCUCGCGCAAUUGCAGGGUGGUAAAGCGGAUGUCUUCGACCAGCCACAACCGCACUGGGUCGAGAAUCCUCACUGGGAAGAUAAUGUGAAUAAAGAAGAGGAGGAACUGACCGCCGAUGAGUUUGAUUUCCUUAUCAAGUACAUGAAUCCGCAGUAUCUCACCCCUGAUACUGUAGAAGAGCUUGCCGGCAUGUUUUCAGACGAAUCUUCUCUACGCUUAGCUGAAUUUCUGUCCCCUAAGUUUUCGGCUCGUCUGCGCGAAUACAUUGAGUCGAAGGAUCUCGAAGCGGAGCCUACCCUCCCAACCAACCCUUUUUACAAGGCAUCGAAGGUGGGCGUUGCACGACCUCCGCAUAAGCACCGAUUUCUCUACCGAAUGGCAGUAAAUCCGGUUCCUCCUACCAUACCAUACCCCGAUACCGAGAAGUUGACUCCGUACGAUGACCUAGUCGAUAUUCUAUUCCCGCACCCAGCGUUUACCAAAUGGAUAUCGCUUGUCACCGGUAUCACACUGACCAAGAGCAAUAUUUACGCCCGUCGAUUCAGACGUGGUAUGGACUAUACGCUUGCUACUGCCUACGAAGAGGAAGACCCGCAAUUAGAAGUAUGUCUUGGCAUCACGCCGUCCAAGGGGUGGGGUGAGGAUGAAGAAGUAGAAGAAGAAGAGGAAGAGGAAGAGGCAGACGAUACGACUGCUCGCGCACAACAUAACGGGUCGGCCGCUAGCAGCAACGGAAAAGCUAAAGCUUCAACAUCUGCGGCAGACCCGACGACGCAAGAAGACGAAGAAGUAGGAGGCUACGAAAUGUACAUGGCAGGCGAAGAAGAUGACAAUAACACCGCUAGCGGCGGCGCCCCUGACCCAGCAACACAUACUGGGGCAGGACAACGUCGAAAAACGAAAGCGGAUCCUGCUGUUUAUAGAAGCGCAGGUGAUGACGAAGAUGAUGGCGUGCUGUUUUCGCAGCCCGCAGGUUGGAACAAUGUCGGCAUUGUCUUAAGGGAUAGAGGUGUUUUGAGGUUCACCAAGUAUGUGAGUAGGAGUGCUAAGGGGGACCGAUGGGACGUUUGCGCCGAGUUUGGGGUGGAGUUGGGCGAGGAGGAGGAUGAGGACUAAACCUGACUGGGUGUGAAAUUUUCGGCUUAUGAGUAUUUCUGCUUGAGACGAAUGAGUGAACAAAAAAUGAAGAUGAAAAGCAGUCCUAGGCAGGUAUGGAUUUUACGACGGUUACGAUGUUUACGAA